GACCGAAAUAUCAUCCUUUCUGUUACAAACCUCUUCAAUUCCGUCCAGACAUUCUCCUUCUUAUUCUUCACUUCGCCUUCUCUAGUGUUUUCGGUUGUUCAUUUUGUUCACAUUUCUCUGCUCUUUCCCUUUCACUCUCUUCACGCAUGCUUCUGACAUCACAAGACAUGGCGGAUUGGCCUCCCCACCCGUCUGUUGUUCACAAAAUUGGUAGCCAGUUCAACCUCCAUUCCUGCUAUUCUCAAGAUGUGCAAACCAGGAACGGCAUCCUACACAAGAAUGCUUCUUAUGAGAGACGUUUUAGUUAUGGAAAUUACAGAAAUGGUUCCCUGCAUAAUCCAUUGAUGCAGGGAAUGCAUAAGAGGUGUGAUCUGUCUACACCGACGCCCAUGUCACCUGUCCUGGCCCAAGCACCUGCAGAGAAAGGUGCAGGAGCCUUCGUCAUUGACUUCCUGAUGGGUGGAGUCUCAGCAGCUGUUUCCAAAACUGCUGCUGCUCCUAUUGAACGUGUGAAGCUUUUGAUUCAGAACCAGGAUGAGAUGAUCAAGGCUGGUAGACUCUCUGAACCUUACAAGGGAAUUGGAGAAUGUUUUGGUCGGACAAUAAAGGAGGAAGGAUUUGGCUCAUUAUGGAGAGGAAACACAGCAAACGUCAUCCGCUACUUCCCCACCCAGGCCUUAAACUUUGCGUUCAAGGAUUACUUCAAGCGUAUGUUUAACUUCAGGAAGGAUAGAGAUGGCUACUGGAAAUGGUUUGCUGGAAACUUAGCUUCAGGUGGUGCUGCUGGUGCUUCUUCCCUCUUCUUUGUCUACUCCUUGGACUAUGCCCGUACCCGUCUGGCCAAUGAUGCAAAGGCAGCAAAGGGAGGAGGAGAGAGGCAAUUCAAUGGUAUGAUUGAUGUUUACAGGAAAACACUGAAGUCUGAUGGAAUUGCUGGUCUCUACCGUGGCUUCAACAUUUCAUGCGUGGGAAUCAUAGUUUAUCGUGGUCUCUACUUUGGAAUGUAUGAUUCUCUCAAGCCUGUGUUGCUGGUUGGAAAACUUCAGGAUAGUUUCUUUGCUAGUUUCGCCUUAGGAUGGGUGAUAACAAAUGGUGCAGGGCUUGCAUCUUACCCAAUUGAUACUGUUCGUAGAAGAAUGAUGAUGACUUCUGGCGAAGCAGUCAAAUACAGCAGCUCCAUGGAUGCAUUCUCACAGAUCCUAAAGAAUGAAGGGGCGAAAUCUUUAUUUAAGGGUGCAGGUGCUAACAUCCUACGUGCAGUUGCAGGGGCUGGUGUUCUUGCUGGCUAUGAUAAGUUACAGGUGUUGGUUUUCGGAAAGAAAUAUGGAUCCGGUGGCGGCUAAGGAUGCUACAAGCAAUUCAAUCUUCCAAGGAAGACAAAGAGAAGUCUUAAUCCUGGAAAAUUCACUUGAACAGAGACGGAUCUUUUCUUGGUUCUUUCUUUGAUUUUAAACAUUUCAAGAUCAAUGAGAGCUUACCUACCUCCAUUUCAUGUAAUUUUCUUCAAUCUAUAUUUAUUUAAAGAGCUGUUCUGGAUUA